AUGAAAAAGAUCUCAAAGAGAAAAGAUAUUUUAAAAAAGAUGUCGGAAGAGACAGAUAACAUUGCAGUAGAAGAAACUGUAGACAGGCAUCUUCAAAAAGAAGAAAAUCAAAACAUAAUAGAGACGUUGAGAGGCAAAGUAAGAGAAAAGCUAAAAAAUGCUAAGAUUAAUCAAGGUGAAGAAUCUUCAACUCCACUGUUCAUUGAUACUAAGAUAUAUCAAUGGUCUGAGACUGAAGUUUCAUUGGAUGAAGGUCUUUCGUUCUUCAUUCUGAAUGGUGAAGAAGGCUCAGCUUUGGUCCAGUCUUCAGGGCAGAGAUCAGUAAAUCAUAGUCACUCCAAACCCUUGUCACUUGGUGAUAAUUUACAAAAUUUUGCUGAAUGCCAAGAUGAUGAUUUUAUGGAAGAAGUCAUUUUUACAGAUUUAAUUGAAGUAAAUGCUGCUGAAUAUGAAGAUGAUCAAGAACAAAUAAAAAAACAGCAGGCAAAUAUUUUUGUGCCAAGUAGUUCUCCAGUGGCCAACCAGCAUAAACUGCCAGAAGAUAUGAUGCCUCGCAUUUUAGAAGAUGAAGGAUUCUAUAUUCCAAGAAAGCCAAAAGUAUAUAAAAAGACCUGCAACAAAAUGGAAAAUCGCCUGCUUAAACUAGAAGAGGGAAAGUGUUGGUUUGAAGAAAGUGGCGAAAUAACGUCAUUACCUUCACCCAUUAGACAGUCAUGGAAUUUCAGACUAAACGUAAGCAAGGAACCUUUAAAUCCAGCACUAAAGACCGUAUAUAGGAAGGCAGUAAAAUCUGACCUAGGAAGCUCUUUUAGGAACAAAAUGGAAGGUCGAAGGGAAAUAUACCAAUUAGAUCUCAACAUUGUGGGUUUGCAAUUCAGCCAUCAUCCUCUCUUCAAUCAAGAACAAGUAUUAUGUGCUAGGCUGCUCCAACUUUAUGAAUGUUUUCAGGACAGGCAGCAACAGAAUUUACCACAGCUGCUUUAUGAGAAGCUUAAAGCACUGACAGACGCUAUCAAAUUAGCAAAUGAAAAUUCAGAAAUAAACCAGCUGACUCGAAAAUCUUUACAAGAUUAUUACUGGCAAAUAAGUGAUACAAAACAGCUGUAUGACUUAGAAAGGGAAAAGGAUCUCUCCUUACUACACAGUAUAUUACAAACUUGGAAGCAGAUAAAAUCUCUUCGACAACGGCAAGGGUUUACAAGCACCCCAAUAAGGUUACAGGUUCAGAGGAUAAAAAUGAAUAAAUGUGAUGGACAAAAACAAGAACAAAUGUCAGAAAUAUCUGAGACUGGGAAGAAAACAGAAGAAAAAGCACUUAAGAAUGGGGAAAAACAGGAGAGCCUCUCAUAUUUAGCUUCAGAACUUGAAGAGACAGAAAUUGAAAGAAUAAAGCCAAUUACUUUGAUGCCACAACUUUCUUUCACUGCAGAAUUAACAAACUUAUCUAAGUGUUCACAGCAUGAACAAAAGAGAAGAGCCAAAAUUCAGAAGCUUAAAUAUUUUAUUAAAAUAUUUUACAAUGAUAAACAGGUUUCUUGCACUUCAGUAUCUCCCCUACAAUUUGAUUUUAAAGUUAUGUUUCAGCAAAUUUUCAGUAUUCAGCUAAUAUAUUGGCCAGAAACAGUUUACUUGGAGGUUUACGAAAUAAGUAAAAGGACAAGCUUACUGGCAAAACUGUAUUUACCUUUACCUAACAACACAGAGCUGAAAGGCAAAACUGUUUUGGAGUAUGUAGAAUUUAGCUCUGAUAAGCUGGUCAUACCUGCUGAUGGAGAAGUAGGAAGCAAUGUGCCUUUUCUUCUUGAGGGAAGUGAAACUGAAGAAUUUUGUCUUUUGACGUCAGGAAAACUCAGCUAUUCUCUAUCAUGGGCCUUAGAUGAAGAUGGUAUUCCUCUGACACCUGUAUCACAGUCACUAAGAUCUGCUUACUGCAGUGUGUUAAGGAAUGUAGAUGCAAGAGGCAUUUCUGGAAUUCCAUGGCUCAUUAAUGCACAGAAACUUUUUGAAUGGGCAAAUGAAGUCAGAGUUGAUCCAAAUAAUCCAGAAUAUUCCGAUUUAAUGGAAUUGAUUAUGUACAUGAGACAUAGAGGACAGGAUGUUACAAAGUACUUCCGUCUUGAACAGUUGCAAGAUGAAUUUAACUUCGUUUCUGAAGAGGAACUGAAAAAAAGUAAACGUUUCCAGCUAUUGCAACUUAGAAAUGCAGGUCAAUUAGAUGUUUUCCUUCUGCAGCAAAUGCCCCUCCAUGAUAGAGAGAUUCCAGAUAUAGUCUUCCAGGAGUAUGAAAAUCAGGUAGAAAAGGAUACGUGCAUUUCAGAUGUGAAUUCUAUUGCUGCACAAAGGUUUAAUUCUGCCAAUUUUCUGAAAAAGGUGAGGAGGUUGAUAAUGAAAAGGAUUGUCAAAGUUAGCAAAUUUAAUCUGUCAGAUAUUGUGACUGAUUACGAAGAAAUCGUGUCUACAAGCCAGUUGACACAUGCAGUUUGUAAGUUUGUUGAACCACGAAGAAAUUUAAAGCCUCAGAGGAAAGAAAGGAAAAAAGUCACAGCACAGACUAUUUCUGAUGGAGAUAUUAAGAUUCUUGUCAGAAUAUUGAGGGCCUAUAAUAUUCCUACCAGGAAAACUAUAGUUAAUAGAGCCUUGGAUAUGCCUGUUUAUUUGACACCAUCCAUAUCUCACCUCAGACAUAAAGAAGCAAUCAAAUCAGUAGCCUCAGAUGAGAUCUUAAAUGAGAUAAGUAUUUAACACUUCUGUAAAGAUAUCGUACACCCUUUUGUGGAAGUUUCUUUUCAACACAUUGUGUACCAAACUAACACUGCAAGUGGAUCUCAUCCAUGCUGGAAUGAAGAAAUUAAAGUAGAUUUUAUCUCACCAGAAAAUGAUUACAGCUUCUCAAGAUUAUCUAAAAUAAAAGAUUAUAUAUAUAUCAACAUUUUUGAUGAAAUGGUGAUUGAAAAACAUAAGGAUCACUGUCUUAAGAGCUGUAGUGGUCAUUCUUAUAUAAGAAAGAAUUGGCUUGGAUCCAUUGUCUUCCCUUUCUCUGCUCUUCUGCAACAAUCUGAGAUUAGUGGAACAUUUCAAGUGAAUGUUCCACCAGUUUUGCUUGGAUAUACUUGGAGUAAGACUUAUGUAUCUCCUAAAGAAGAUUACAAGGGGCAGAAUUUAAAAGAAUGUACCUUCUUAAAUAUUUUUGCUACCAUUGAACCUCAAAUAUCAUAUGUCAUCCAUAAUCCAAAACUAGACAAGUUUUCAGGUCAAAUAGAUGUUUUGCAAAAAGCACAGAUUUUUAAAACAAAUUGUAAGGCAGUAUUUCCCAACCGAAGAAUCACAACUACUGUUUUUAAUGAUGAAGGGAUACAGAUCUUAGUAACAAGAUAUAUCAAGGCAUUAAAUCCACCUCAACAACUUCUGGAAAUAUUUCUUCAUGAUUCUAAUGCAACACUUGACAUCAUUGCUCGAUUUGUAUCUUUGAUUCCUUUUAUGCCUGAUACACUGGAUGAAAAUGAUGGUUCUGAUAUAUGGAUGACAUCAGAGCACUGUAUCAGUUUGGCUAUUGGAAAUAAGGAAGAGCAUGCCAUACUUCUCUGUAAUUUCUUUCUGUAUUUUGGAAAGAAGGCAUUGGUUGUCCUUGGAACUUCAGUGUUAGAAGGGCAUGUGGCUUAUGUACUAACUCAAGAAACUGAUGAAUAUUUGCUUUGGAAUCCAUCAACUGGGCAAUGUCAUAAGCAGUUUGACCCAUUUUGUCCCUUACAAAGUGUAGACUGUUUGUUUGAUGAUAGGAAUGUCUGGUUUAAUAUUCAACAAAAUAAUACACCAAUGUCUGUACAUUUUGACUAUUCAAAGGAAAGUUUGUGGAAGCAGUUGCUUCCAAAAAAUUUUCAAGGGACAAAAGCACAAAGCAUCCAGCCUGAAGAAUUAAUUUAUUCCGAUACUGAUAAAAGCAUGGUAGAAGAUCUAAGGAACAGGAUUGAAAGGACUCUAAAGUGUAAAAUGAUGGAAUGGCGACCUAAACACCCAACACGUUGGAAUCGACAGUGUACUUCUGUUUUGCGACAAAUCCUCCCAAAGCUGGAACUUGGCAGAGGAAGCUUUGUUUCUUAUGAAGAGGAGAGUGAACUUGAAAAAUUGCUACAAUUUUAUUGGGUCACAGGAUUUCCUAUCCAGAUGCCAUACACUGAUGUAGAGUCAAUUAUUGAUGCCGCGUAUCAAACUGGAAUUCACUCUUCUGAACUUCCCCAGACAGAAUUUGCUUUAGCUGUAUAUAUUCACCCAUACCCAAACAACAUACUAUCUGUGUGGGUCUAUUUGGCUUCCUUAGCCCAACAUCAGUGA